AUGCUCGCCCGCGCCCUGCUGCUGUGUGCGGCGCUGGCCUGUCCGUUCCUUUUCGCUGCAGCCAACCCGUGCUGUUCGAACCCGUGUCAGAACCGAGGCGUUUGCAUGAGCGCCGGCUUUGAGCGGUACAAGUGCGACUGUACGCGAACCGGCUUCUACGGAGAAAACUGCACCACGCCUGAGUUCCUGACCUGGAUCAAGCGCUCUCUGAAACCCACCCCGAACACCGUGCACUACAUACUGACCCACUUCAAGGGCGUGUGGACCAUCGUCAAUAAAAUUCCCUUCCUGAGAAAUGCCAUCAUGAAAUAUGUUUUGACAUCCAGGUCACAUCUGAUCGAAAGCCCGCCAACCUACAAUGUACACUACGGCUAUAAAAGCUGGGAGGCUUUUUCCAACCUCUCCUACUACACCAGGGCGCUUCCCCCUGUGGCUAACGACUGCCCCACACCCAUGGGUGUGAAAGGAAAGAAAGAGCUCCCAGAUUCUAAGGACGUUGUGGAAAAGGUGCUUCUCAGAAGGAAGUUCAUCCCUGAUCCCCAGGGCACCAACAUGAUGUUUACCUUCUUUGCCCAGCACUUCACACACCAGUUCUUCAAGACAGACCACAAGCGGGGACCAGCCUUCACCAAAGGGUUGGGCCAUGGGGUGGACUUGAAUCAUGUUUAUGGUGAAACUUUGGACCGGCAGCAUAAACUGCGCCUUUUCAAGGAUGGAAAGUUGAAAUAUCAGAUCAUAGAUGGGGAGAUGUACCCACCCACGGUUGCUGAGACCCAGGUGUCUAUGAUCUACCCCCCGCACGUGCCCGAGCACCUCCGAUUUGCUGUGGGCCAGGAGCUGUUUGGGAUGGUGCCAGGGCUGAUGAUGUAUGCCACCAUCUGGCUGCGGGAGCACAACCGGGUAUGUGAUGUGCUGCGGCAGGAGCACCCGGAAUGGGAUGAUGAGCAGCUUUUCCAGACCAGCCGGCUGAUCCUCAUCGGAGAAACCAUCAAGAUUGUGAUCGAGGACUACGUGCAACAUUUGAGUGGCUACAACUUCAAGCUGAAAUUUGACCCAGAGCUGCUUUUCAGCCAGCAGUUUCAGUACCAAAACCGCAUUGCAUCUGAGUUCAACACCCUCUACCACUGGCACCCACUGCUGCCUGACUCUUUUCUGAUCAAUGACCAAGAGUACAGCUACCAGCAAUUUCUCUACAACAACUCCAUCCUGCUGGAGCAUGGUCUAACUGGAUUUGUGGAGUCUUUCAGCAGGCAGAUCGCUGGCAGGGUUGCUGGUGGAAGGAACGUCCCCCCUGCGGUUCAAAAGGUGGCCCAGGCAUCCAUCGAUCAGAGCAGACAGAUGAAGUACCAGUCCUUCAACGAGUACCGCAAGCGCUUUCUGCUUCGACCCUACCAGUCCUUUGAAGAGCUCACAGGAGAAAAGGACAUGGCAGCUGAACUGGAGGCUCUCUAUGGAGACAUCGAUGCCAUGGAGCUGUACCCUGCCCUGCUGGUCGAGAAGCCCCGUCCAGAUGCCAUCUUUGGGGAGACCAUGGUGGAACUAGGUGCCCCUUUCUCUUUAAAGGGCCUCAUGGGGAACCCCAUCUGCUCUCCUGAAUACUGGAAGCCCAGCACCUUCGGUGGUGAGGUGGGGUUGGAGAUCAUCAACAGUGCAUCCCUCCAGUCCCUCAUCUGCAACACGGUGAAGGGCUGUCCCCUCACAGCCUUCAACGUGCAGGACACUCCACACCCCAAAUCCGUCACCAUCAAUGCCAGCUCCUCACACUCCCGCCUCGAUGACCUCAACCCCACAGUCUUGAUCAAAGAGCGUAGCUCUGAGCUCUAG